GCAGUUCGAUGACAGUUGUCACUGCAAUUUCGUGCAAGAUGAAGGACCUGUUCGGAAUCGCCAUUUUGACAACGUGUCUGGCAUUCUGUCUCGCGGAUUGUCGCUCGGGACUUAAUGGACGUAAUGACUGGUACCGAUGUGAAGGAUUAAAGGAUUUAAACUUGCAGAUUCCAUCAGGAGCGGUUGCCAUCAACAUCAUCAACUCGAACAUCACCAAAAUACCAGCAGAUGCAUUCGCCAAAUUCUCCAAUUUAGAAGAAUUAAACAUAACCGGUUGUGGCGUAGAAGAAAUAGAAGCAAACGCAUUUAGAGGUUUACCUAAAUUGCAGUCUCUCGGUUUGGUCAACAACAAAAUCCGCAGCAUCGACGCGUCCUGGGUCAAAGACCUAUCAAACCUGAAAGAGUUAAAUGUAUGGCGUAAUCGCAUCGCGGAUAUAGAUCCCGCGAUUUACGAUCUCCUGCCCGAACUGAAAGUCUGGGAUAUCGCGUACAACGAUUUGAACAAGUGCCUGUCACCCGAGUUGCUGAAGAAGCUCAAGAAACUUCGAAGAAUUUUAAUCGCCGGCAAUCCGUGGUCUUAUCGAUGCCGUUCGUCGAUGACUUGGUAUCUCGGCAGCAACCACAUUCGUUUCAUCAAGGAUUGGAGCAUCAGCGAUUUACUGAUCGAGGAAUGUUUAGCUCAUGAACCAGGCGCUGAGACCGAUGACCAAAUUUUGAACAAAUGCGUCGAUCGCAAGGUGGGAUCUUCUGACACGUUGCCUUAUUCUGUGGCUGGAUUGAACGAACAAGUUCGAGAAUUGACUGAACAGGUCCAUAAUCUACGAGCGGAUGUCGAGAUGCUGAAGAAGUCCAAACAUUAAUCGUACUUAACUUCUUACCGAUUUACCUUUCGGAGAGACUAUGUAUUAAUUUUGACACGCUGUGCUUUUAAGACUUUAUUAUACGCUUUUAUGUGGAAUUUAGGAUCCAUGUUUAUAAUACUCUGAGCAAUAAAAAUGAUUCAUUGAA